CAAGGUAUUUCCAACUCAAGACGCGAAAAGAAUGGAUUUCAAAAACGUUAAUCUUUUAAAUAGUCGAGUGAACAUGCUCUCGGGGAAUUUAUUGCCGAUUGCGGGCGAUAAUUCGCGAUUUUCGGUAUUCUGGCGUGCUCACAGUGCCAUUGUUUGGCUAAUAGAAUUAAUUCACACAAUCGCGUUGAUCUUCGGACUUAUCCUAUCACCUACAGAGAAAAGUUUGAAAGACGGCACUGUUUGCGUUGUGGUCGCUGUGGAGGCGUUUUUUAUGCUUUCGCGUCUUUACUCACGCAGAAAGAUGAUAGAGGAAAUGAUCCAGAAGAUGAAUGAUAUCUUACAAGAUACGGACGAGAUUAUGGCGGAUAUUGUAAAGUCGGCUAUAAGACCCAUAAUAAAGCCUUUCAUAAUAUACGGAGUGACCAGCGCGAUGUCUAUUGCGAUAUGGACUGUCCAGCCGGUUGCAUUGGCUCUCGAAAAGUCGACCUUUUUCUAUGUAGAUUACAAUUUGCCAACGGCUUUCAGCGCCGAGCCGUUCUCUAGCCACGUUUUAAUUUCCUCGUCAAUUUUUAUGACAAUUGGUAGUGUUUAUCUGUUCCUCAAGAAAUUCGGUGUGGAUGUGUACAUGAUGCAUUUGGUAUUAAUGUUAACGGCGCAAUAUCGAUACAUAGCGGCAAAGCUCACGAUCCUAUUUCAGGAUAUACGAAACUGUCACGACGAAUCUCAAAACAAAUAUCACUCUGCAAAAAAUCGAUGGACCAAAAGAGAACUAAGAAAGUUAUGUCAGCAUCAGAAUACUGUUUUACACAUGUCAUUUAUAUUAAGGAAGCUUCUGUCUGUAAACUUCAGUCUGCUUUAUAUCAACAACGUGUUUCGGUUCUGUUUUAUAGGUAUCAUGGUAAUUUCUAUACCAUCACUGUCUUUUACAGAAGGAAUGUCAGUGAUGCUUUUUGCAAUGGGUUCGCUAAUGCAAUUUUUUUUGUUGUGUUCUUCCGUACAAACAUUAUCAGAUGCGAGUACCGAAAUAACAGAUAAAGCUUUUGAUGAAGGCUGGUACCAUUGUGGAUCAUCAAUGAAACGAACAUUUAUUUUAUUAAUAAUGACUAAUAACCUAGAAUGCAAAAUUGCAGCGAUUGGAAAGUUUAACUUGUCUUUGCCUUCAUUUAUGACGAUCAUGAAUCAAUCAUAUUCAAUCGCUCUUUUGUUUUUAAGAGCAAAAUGAAAAAAACAUAUUACACACACGUUUAUACGUUUGGCAGAUAUAAGAUAGAGAAUGAUUUUGAGUCAAAGAAAAUUAUGGUAAAUAUUAAAAAAAAAAAAAAUGUAGGUGAACUUUCGCAUAAUAAUCUAAAGAUUAUAUGUUUUAAUAAUACAAUGAGUGUAUGGAAUUCGUCGUAAUAUUUUUUAGAAAUUCACUCUGUCUCUCGUCAUUCUCUAACUUAUUACUCUCCACACUAAAAAGAAAUUAAACUUGAAAAUAACUGAACUCAAAGGUAAUUUAUAUUUAUAUUAUAUUUGCAACACUUCAA